AUGAGCGAAUCCUCCAACUAUGAACCCGACGAAGACGAGUCCGACUCCGAAUUCGAGCAGAACGAUGCCUCGGACCAGGACUUGUCCGGCGAAGAGCUGAGAAAAUCCUCUCCAGAAGACGAAGGACCCGGAGAUGAUUGGCAGGGUCCGCAGCAACGAUACGCCGCGUACGAUGAACGCGCCCAGAAACUACCCCCGCACUCCCUGCAAACCUACACCCAACUCGUCUCGGAAAUCGAACACGACAUUCAAUUCGCCCCGGUGAAGGAAAGCGGCGAGAUACACUAUGUCACUCAGAACGGAGCCGUGGUCUGGACUGCUACAGAGAAGGAGGUGCUGUUCAACAUGCUCGACCGCAAAGGCAAGAAUGGUAUUAAGGAGAUUGCGGCAGCCAUUGGCACCAAGUCGGAGCUCGAAGUCAUCGACCACCUCCAGCUGCUGCACCGCGGAAUGGAAAGCCACCAUAUGCUCGACCCACGCGCCAGGGCAGUCGCAAUGAGCGAAGUCCCGGCGGCAGCAGAGAUCAGCAAGGAAGGCUGCGACAUGCUGGACGAGUACGCCGAGCUGGCGACGAUCCAGGAGGAGCUUGCGCUGGGCACGGUGCAGCGGGUCCGCCACGCCAACAACUGGAUUAUUUCCGAUGCGCGGGCCGAGAAGCUUCUCGAGGCCUGCGAUAACGGCACGGGGCACCAUGGCGUGCACCUAGCAGCCGGUCUACUGAACGUCCCGACCUGGAUCCAGCUUUCUCGCCGCUUUUUUAUGAACUUUGGCAGUCCAAGAGAGGAAGACCAUUGGACCAAUUUCAUUACAUCGAAAGAUGAAGCCCCCGCCAUGACUGCGGAUUCUCUUCUGGACUUUUACGCUCUCGUGGUUAGUAUUACGCGGCGCGUGAUCCAGUCAUCGAUCUUCUUUGCCUUGGCGCGCCUUCGCAGCACGGAACGGCCUGGCCGCCAACGGAUCAACGCUGUCCGACGAACGGAUGUACGGACUGCCCUUGAGGUUUUGAACAUGAAACACGACCGCGGCGAAUGGCUGAUGGAACUUGCCCGCCGGAAUAAUCUCAUCAUCGCCGACAUCCACAAUCGCAAGGACUGGGUGCCACGGGUGUUCAGCUAUGACGAAGCCGAGAAGAUAUUGAGGGGCAACGACGAUUAUUUCCGGCGCAGCAGAAGCGGAGCCUUGUCGGAUGGUAUUUCAACAGAAGGAGAGGGAGGCGAAGAAGACGAGGAGGCGGAUGAUGAAGAUGAUGAAGAGGAUGAUGGUGAAGAAGAGGAUGAAGAAAAUGAAGAAGAAGAAUCAAAAGAAACAGCAAACAACCCAACCCCAACAGAAGACACCUCCGACCCCUACCAAGCCUCCUCCGAACUCUCCUCUCCAGCAGUCUCAGACGAAGAUGCCUCCGACCCCGAACUACUAAACACAGACGCCCAAGAUCGGGAAUCCAGCCGCCGCGAAGAACUGAGUCUGUGGCAGAUACUCGGUCAUCCCGCACCCCCCAAGUUCCUCCACGAACCCAUCCAAACCAUCGAAGACGACCCCAAAGACGCCGCUCGCGGACGCCGCAAGACCAAACAUGAAAUGGCUGACUGGCGCUCCCGCACGCUCUACCGCGCCGAUUGGGAGGAAUACGGCCAUGGUCUGGUGGCCGUGGAAGCGGAUUUGGUGGAGAAUCGCCGCAAAAGACGACGUGUUGAUGGCCUCGAGGGUGGUGACGGUGGUGGUGACGGUGGUGGUGACGGUGGUAGUGACGGUGGUGAUGAUGAUGAUGGGCGGGUUUCUUCGACUUCUCCCGUUAUUUCGCUUAGUGCUGCGCGCGUCGAUGAGGCCGAUGAUCUGUCCGAGGAGGACUUGGAGGAUGGGCGUAUGGAUGUCGAUGAAGAAGUCGUGCCCCGUGUCAAUUCUACUUGA